GAGGUGGUCCCGGAGCUCUGUGGGUCCUGAGGGCUCAUCUAUCGUAGGUCCCACUUGGGGGCGGGACACUGGGGAUACCUGGCGCUGCGGCUCCUGCAUUCUCGACUCGGAAAGGCAUUGACCAAUGCUACUUGGAUGAAUUCCACUAUCCCCUAGGAGACUUGAAUGUUAAGUUUCUGUAAACAAAGAAACCAGUUAUUUCAUGUUGGGAACAAUGCUGAAAUUCCAAGAAACUGCUAAAUAUGUGAGUGGAUCAAUAGCCAUUUCCAGUUAUCCAAAAACCUUGAUCGCAAGAAGAUAUGUGCUUCAACAGAAACUUGGCAGUGGAAGUUUUGGAACUGUCUACCUGGUUUCAGACAAGAAAGCCAAGCAAGGAGAGGAAUUAAAGGUAUUAAAGGAAAUCUCUGUUGGAGAACUCAAUCCAAAUGAGACUGUGCAGGCCAAUUCGGAGGCCCAGCUCCUUUCCAAGCUGAACCACCCAGCCAUUGUCAAGUUCCACGCAAGCUUUGUAGAGCAAGAUACUUUCUGCAUUAUCACAGAGUAUUGUGAGGGCCGAGAUCUGGACUGUAAAAUUCAGGAAUAUAAAGAAGCCGGAAAAACUUUUUCUGAAGGUCAAAUAAUAGAAUGGUUUAUCCAGCUAUUGCUGGGAGUUGAUUACAUGCAUGAAAGGAGGAUACUUCAUCGAGACUUAAAAUCAAAGAACAUAUUUCUGAAAAAUAAUCUACUUAAAAUUGGGGAUUUUGGAGUUUCUCGACUCCUAACGGGAUCCUGUGAUUUAGCCACCACUUUAACUGGAACUCCCCAUUAUAUGAGUCCUGAGGCUCUCAAACACCAAGGCUACGACGCGAAGUCCGACAUCUGGUCUCUGGCAUGCAUUUUAUAUGAGAUGUGCUGCCUGAGUCAUGCAUUCAGUGGCGCCAAUUUCUUGUCCAUUGUUUUAAAAAUUGUUGAAGGUGACACUCCUUCUCUCCCUAAGAGAUAUCCAAGAGAACUGAAUGCCAUCAUGGAAAGCAUGUUGAACAAGACUCCUUCACUGAGACCAUCUGCUAUAGAAAUUUUAAAAAUCCCUUACAUUGAUGAACAACUGCAGCACCUGAUGUGUAGAUACUCAGAAAUGACUCCAGAAGACAAGAAUUUGAAUUGUCAGAAGGAAGCUGCUCAUAUAAUUAAGGCCAUGCAAAAACAGAUCCACCUACAGACUCUGCGGGCACUCUCUGAAGUGCAGAAAAUGACCCCGAGAGAAAGGAUGCGGCUGAGGAAGCUCCAGGCAGCCGAUGAGAAAGCCAGGACACUGAAAAGGCUUGUGGAAGAAAAAUAUGAAGAAAAUAACAAACGAAUGCAAGAAUCGAGAUCUCGGAACUUUCAGCAGCUAACGGUUGAUGUGCUCCAUGAAUCUGAUGACCCGACUUCAGAGAACCUGCCUGAGCCGCAGCCCAUGCCUUGCCCAGACCUCGGUGUGUUCAAGUCAAGUGUAGAGGACACCGUAGCUGACCUUGGAGAUCAUGGGAUCCCAGAAGACCCUGUUAUAGCUGAGGAGUAUUAUGCUGAUACGUUCGAUUCCUGUUCUGAAGAGAGUGAGGAGGAGGAGGAAGAAACAGUGUUCUCGGGCCUGGAGGAAGAGGUCGAGGUUGAGGGACCGCAGCCUGAUUACAGGGCAAGCCAACAGGGCAGUGAUAUCGAAGCACUGGUCAGGUGCUUGGAGAAUGCUCUGGGUCGCACCUCUCCAGGUCAGCCAUGCAGAAACUGGGAGCAGAAGUAUUCGAGGAGGUCUACAGCUACCUCAAGAGAGCAAGGCAGCAGAGAGCCAGUGAGGCGGAGAUCAGAGCAUCUCUAG